AUUAUCUAUUAACGCAAAUGACUGUGGUUUAUUCCUGCUAGUUUUUAAUAAAAUAAAACGAUAUUUUCGCGGCUGUCCACUUUCAUUUUCCGCAUAACUCAGUUUAUUUAGUGUUUAUUAGUCAUAUGUGGAAUUAACUCAUGAAAAUCAAAUAUUAGCUAACGAAAAAACAACUAUAGAUGAAAAUGGCACGAUUCUCGUUGAAACAUUUCAUUUUUUUUUUGCAGUUCGACAUUGAUGACCUGCUUGCGGACGUCCAAUCUCUGAAGCUUUCUGCUCUCAGCCAUGCCGCUAGUAUUUCACCCCUUGUGAAGGGGCGCACAAUCGGACCAGAUUGCAACGAUAACGAUGAGCUUGAAAACGAUUGCAACUUGAGCAAUGGUUCAGCGAAAAAGUUGCCAUUUGUUCCGGAAUUGAAGGUAACGGUCAUCAAUCGACCUGAUAAGAGCGGAGGAUGUUUGGCCCCACCACGACGUGUAGACAUUAGCGAUUGUCGUGCGAUUUCAUUCAAAAUGUACGAACAGGAACAAGAACGCCAUCGAGUCGAAACUGUGAAAAAAGAAUUACAGCUAAGAAAUGCCCGAAUACAGGAGGCUGACCGUUUACGGGACAUUGGUUUGGAGGAGAAAUUAAGAAUGAUCAAAGAAAAAGCGGCCAAAAAAGCGUUGGAAGAUGAAAGGAAACUACUUGCCGAAAUCCGAGAGCAUGAGCUGAAAGCUAAAGAAUUUGAAGAACUACAAAAGGCGAAAAUUGACGAAGAAAACCAACGAUUGGCAAAGAUUUCUCACCAACUGAAAAUGAAGGAGGAAGAAAUAAAACGGAAGAAUGCGAUGUUUGAUGCCAUUCGAGAACAACAAGCUAACUUUCGGAAAAUGACCGAGGUCUUUACUAAAGCACUAAUAAGCAUUGAUAAAGAAUUUUCUGCCCGGUUCACCAACCAGAAAAAGUCCGUUCAAAAUGUAAUUAAAUCAUUCGAGCAAUUGCUGCAUGGUGUCUAUGCCAAUCGAGAAGUUAGUCAACAGGAUAUUGAUAAAUCGAUCGAAUAUUGUAAGUUGCUGGAUCAGAACAAUUCUGAAGUGUUUGACAUUAUGAACCAAAUUCAAAAAGAAAUUGCCGACCGAACGAAGAAGGAACAAGAAGAACAAGCGCAAACAGCUCAGAAGCAAGAACAGCAGUUGAAACAGGUAGUAGAAAUUAAUGCGGUAUCAGCUGCUCCUAUCACGGAUACGACGGAUACAACGGCAAAAUCUAUUCAACCGUCACAACCGAAUCUAGCACAUCCGCUGGCUGCUUUUGUCUCACAGGAAAGUCUUGCCUUCUACACGGAGAUCAAACGUUUCUACGAACAACAUCAAGCCGCCGUCAAGGCACUGUUGGAUGAUGUCAACAUGAAAACUUAUCGCUUUAACUGUCAAAAAGUUAUCAACACUCCUGUGAAUGCUAUUUCUGCUGUAAGCCGAGAACAUUUCGUCGACAAGUUCACUCGACUGGAUGCAUUGUUAUCCGGACAGCCGGUGAAAAUUGGCGAUACGUCCGUUUCAAUCAAUGGACAUCCACUCGGAAGAACUUACUGCACUAUGCUAUUGGCGAAAAAGUUUGUGAGUCAAGCGGACACGAUGAUAUCGAGUAACGCACCAGCCGCUUUUCCAAUCGCAACCAUUGUCGUGGGACUAUGGCAGAGGUAUCCGGAUUUUGGGAGAUUCUUUCUAGCCUAUCUGCACAAAGAGUGUCCCUACCUAGUACCCUAUUUUUUACCUCAACUGGAAAGACAGUCACAUGAGGAUUACUUCAAAAGCAUCGGUUACCGUUAUUCUGCCGACGGACAACUUGAAAAGCAGGACCAGUACCUGAAGAGAAUGACUGGCCUGGCUCGUCUGUAUUCGGCGGUGGUCGUAGCGAAUGUGCGUCGUGGUGAAGCAACUCCCCAUCCACACAGCUUCGAAUGUGGUUGGAGAUGGAUGUGCAACAUUUUGAACUUACAACCUUUACCGGACAUCUGUGCUACGUUGUUAACGGAAUUCCUUCAGAUAGCCGGUGCUUCACUGUGGGCUCACUAUGGGAAACAGUACACGAAGCUAUUGCAGGUAAUUCAGGGUCAGUAUUUACCGGCACUGAACAAAGUUGAUGAGGGUGGACCGAAGGCACGACUUGAAGCUCUGAUUGCCAAGAUUACCGCUGAGGGAAGGAUAGAGCGGCCCGAAGGAAUGUUAAGCCCGGACUUCUGGUAAAUGAACAUCGUUCGAUUCGGUAGCUAGCAUUCGAAUAGUAACAGAAACGGCGAAAUUUUACGCAAGGAAUGAAUUGUUUGACUAUUUAAUAAAAAUGGAAAACAUUAAAAA